GAGUAACCCCUCGGAAGCGUUCGAAUGGGGCCCCCUCUGGAACUAUCCUAGCCUGUAGCUGGUGGCAUUUAGUGAAUUGGAAUGUCCCAGUUUUAUUCCGAAUGUAUUCUCUAGUAAUCUUCAGUAGCUGUCGUUCGUUGGAGGCAUCAACAUCUCGUUUCAAGACACUCCAGAUCGCGCUAACAAGUGUGUAUCCUUUUUCUUGUAUGUUGGUGCUGAGAAAAGGACUUGGGUGUUGUACUACAAGAAGUGGACGUUAAGUGACUACUAAUUUUCUGUGUAAUUGACUGUUAUUAGUUUAGUCCAGUGCAGAGUUUAUUCGUCCAGUUGUCUGUGGAAAACAGCUGGAAUAUUCGCACAAGGGAAAUUCACCAUUUACUACUCGCUUAAACUACACGACAAUAAAUUCUGUAUUCUGAGGUUCGGUCCUUUCGAAGCAUAUCUAGAACAAUAUGGAAUAUAAGACAAUAACGCCGGAUCGAUAUUCAAAUGUAAUCCAUCAUCUGCGAGAAACGUUCUUCGUCGACGAACCCCUGAAUAAGGCUGCAAAACUUUGUGUUCAUGCUGAAGGUAAUUAUGAGCUGGAACAGCAUAGUAGGUCUACGUUAGAUGAUAAUCUAAGCAUCAUGGCGGUUGAUGAAAACGACCAGAUAGCGGGGGUCAUACUGAACGGGAUAGUUAGCGAGGGUGACAUCGAAAAAUCACGAGAAAAGCUAAAAACUGCAGACGAAAGUUUCAAGAAAAUAUUCAAGCUUCUGUACGACGCGAACCAACAAAAGGAUCUAUUUGCGUAUUUUAAAGUUGAUAAAAUUUUCGAUUCGCGUAUAUUGUCCGUUGACUCAAAAUAUAGAGGCAAAGGUAUUGCCAAGGAGCUAAUGAAGCGAACAGAAGAUUUAGCUAGGGACAAUGGCUUCUCUAUAAUAAAAGGCGACGCCACUGGUAUUUUUUCUCAAAAGAUAUUGCGAGGGUUAGGAUUUGAAAAAGUUUCCGAAAUCGUUUACGACGAAUAUGUUGAUGAAGACGGAAAGCCGAUCCUGGAAGUAGAAGCGCCUCAUAAGAGCUUGAAAGUUAUGUACAAAAGAUUGAACUAAUUAGUUGAAAUUUUAUUGUUCGAAUGGACCAAAUAGAUAAUAAUAAUUUAAGAUAAUAAAGUGGAAAAUCAAAAUAAUUUAUUGACAUAAAACUAUAAUUGGGCUCAAAAAAUGGUUACCUAACGUCGGUGGACUUGGAUGUCGUCUUAUUGUAGAGUAUUUUCAAGCGCACCUUACUAGAGCGAAGAAAUUACCUUCGUGUAUCUUGUAAAGUGUAAUAUUAAAAAACUAAAGAAAAACUUGAAACAUUUUGCGAUUUUUUAGCAUUUAUCAACUAUUUUUUCUAAACACUUACAAAUUGAAUGAAGGAUUUUGUAUUGUAUGGUUUUUGACCUCAUAUUGGUUAGUGGAAACGAUUUUGCUACGCAUGUACGUACAUUACUUUAGUAUUCAAUUGUUGUGAAAAAAUCAGUUGUUGAUUGAUUAAAAAUAAAAGGUGGAAAUUAGUCAGUUUAUUAUCUU